AUGAUUAAUCACAACUCAUCGAUCGAUUACGAUCAUGAAAACUAUACAAGUGCUGUUUCAACGUCACUUUCCGUCGGUGCAUUUUCGAAUUCUUUUCUUAUUAUAUUGAUCUUGUCGAUCUUAUGUUUCUUUGGCGUUUGCUUUAUGCUGUUUGGCCCAUUGCAACGAUCCGAAGCUCAUAAACGCGUGGAAAACUUUACGUUUGGUCGUCAUCCGAUUUUUAAUGUCGAUCAUCGUGAACAAUCGACGACGACACGUUAUGACGAUUCAAUAGACUUUUCAAAUAUUUGA